CGUAAAAAAAAGAAGAGAAACCUGGGCUUGUGAGCCAGUCAGGAAACGGCAACGUUUUCAGUUGUCCCCCUCGCGCGCUACGACUUAGCGUUAGAUCCAAUCAUACAACUCAACUCAACUCAACUCAAUUCAAUUCAAUUCCCUAAUUGAAAGAAACGAUUAGGGAUUUGAUUUGAUUUGAUCUCUUACUCUACGCCACUUGAACAGGACAGUAACUCAUAGUAAUUCGUGAAAUUUCUUAUCCCUGGUAAUAGUAUGUUUUUCCCGGGAUAGAGUUCAGAAAUUGAUUGAUGCAGAGAAUCUCAAAGGGUGUGUUAUGAUUUUUGUUGAGAAUCACAACAGGAUUUUAAAGAAGAAGGUCAGUUGAUUGCGGUUGAGAAGAUAAGGAAGGAACAGAGGCGGUUACCAGAAUCAAAUAUGUCAAAAGAUGAACGCAAUGUUGUCGAAGUACCAGAAGCUCACACGCAUGAAGCUUCUUUAGAUGAUGAAAAACAGUUGUCUGAUAUGGACAAUGGGAAGAAUGUGAAUGCUGCUAAGGAAAAUGGGCUGCACGGUAACACUCUGUCGGCGGAGAAUACAUACGAGCAGCUUGUUGAGAUGGUUGUUGAGCUAAGGUUUCAGAAUGAGUUCUUGAAGUCUCAGUUUGACAGUUUGAAAGAUCUUCAGUUGGCACCUGAUGAAUCUCAACAGAGAACUGAAACAAGUGAUCAGGGAUCUGCGGGACCUUCUGAGGUGGAUGAACUCCGUAAAAAGAUCGAGUCUAUGAGUUUAGAACUUGAUGAAGAAAAACAACUACGUAGCGUAAUGGAGGAGGCUUUGAGGCAUCUUCGAGAGGCACAUUCUGAAGCAGAUUCAAAAUCCCAAGAGCUUUCUGCAAAGCUUGCUCAAGCUCAACAGAAGUUAGAUCAAGAAUUAAAAGAGCGUGAAGAGAAGUACACUGAACUUGAUUCUAAAUUUCAAAGGCUUCAUAAGCGAGCAAAACAACGUAUUCAGGAGGUUCAGAAGGAAAAAGAUGAUCUUGAAGCUCGUUUUCAUAAUGUAAAUGAAGCCGCUGAGAAAGCAUUAUCCCAGCAGUCAGCUCUGCAGCAGGAGCUGGAGCGCACAAGGCAACAAGCAAAUGAUGCAUUGAAAGCAAUGGAUGCAGAGCGGCAACAAUUAAGAAGUGCAAACAAUAAACUCCGUGACAAUAUUGAGGAAUUGCGCCGUUCAUUUCAACCUAAAGAGUAUGCUCUCGAGGCACUACAGCAGACACUUCUAGAGAAAGAACAGAUGUUGGAAGACAUGAAAGGUUUACUACAAUCUGCAGAAGAGAAAAGACAAGCCUUAGUAGCUGAGCUCACUGCUAAACAUCAUAAGAAUGUAGAGAAUUUGGAAGGUCAACUUGCUGAAACUGUAGCUGAUAGAAAUAAGGCUACUGAAAUAAUUUCUUCGCUUCAGGUGCUAAUAGCAGAGAAAGAGUCUAAAAUUGCAGAAAUGGAUGCUGCUUCAACUGGUGAAGCAGCACGGCUUAGAGCUGCUUUGGAAAGUGUCAAAGGAGAGAUUGCUCAACUAAACCAUGAGCAUGAAAAAGAAAAAGAAAGCUGGGAAACUGCCUCCCAGGCACUUAAAAUGAAACUGGAAAUUGCUGAGAGCAGCUGCAUACGAGCCGAAAUAGAAGCAGCUAAAAUGAGAAGCAAGCUGGAAUCAGAAGUGACUGUACAAAGCCAGAUGCUAAGUAAAAAAGCUUGUGAGCUAUUGGCUGCUAAAGAGGAGAUAAAUCGCCUUGAGAGUGAAUUCUCCUCAUACAAGGUUCGCGCUCAUGCACUUCUCCAGAAAAAAGAUGCAGAGCUAAUUGCAGCUAAGGACUCUGAACAACUUAAAGCUCUGGAAGAAGCACUACAAGAGGCUGAAAGAGAACUAUCCUCAGUAUCUUCAGAAAGGGAUAAAGCUCUUCAGGAUCUUCAGAAUGUACUGGCUAAUCGUGAUAAAGAACUUGCAGAGAGCGAUGCAGCUCUUAAGGAGGCCAAGCAGCAGAUCAAAAACAUAGAAACAAAACUUGAUUCUGCAAAUGCUCGCCGCCAGUUAGAGAAAGAAGAAUUGGAGAUAAACCUUCAAAAUUUGGAAGAAACCUGGCGAAUGAGAUACGAGGCACUAAAGGCAGAAAAGGAAGCAUCUUCUGGUCAAGAAUUACAAAAAGAAUUAGAAGAGUUUAAACUAAUGUUCAAAAAACUGAAGCAAGAGCAUGAUUCAUUCCGUGAUCUCGCUGAUAGAAUGAUUGGGGAGAAGGACAAAGAAAUAUCAAAGCUAGUUGAUGAUAAUAAGAACCUUCGCCAUUCUCUGGAUUCGAGACCACAAGCUGAUCAUAUUGAAAAUAACAUUUCAGCAUUGAAGAAACAGGACACAUCAAAUCUGAGCACAUCUUCCGCAGAACAGCAGAUUCUGAUUUUGGCAAGGCAACAAGCUCAAAGAGAGGAAGAAUUGUCACAAUCACAGCGGCAUAUUUUGGCACUUCAAGAGGAAAUUGAGGAACUUGAGCGUGAAAAUCGUCUACACAGCCAACAGGAAGCCAUGUUGAAAGCUGAGCUACGUAACAUGGAAAGGACAGAGAAAAGGGAAGGGGUAGAUCUGACAUAUUUGAAAAAUAUAAUUUUAAAGCUUCUUGAAACAGGUGAAGUGGAGGCGCUAUUGCCUGUGGUCGCAAUGCUUCUACAAUUUAGCCCUGAAGAGGUAGUAAAAUGUCAACAAGCAUACCGCACAUCUAAAGAAGCUCCGCCAAGUCCAGCAAGUGAUUCAUCUGGAUCGGGGCUCGCUCUUUUCUCAAGAUUCUCAUUUUCAUGAUACCCAGAGGGGAUUCUAUAUGAUUCUUUUGCCGUGCGGCUUGCAGAUCUGGAGCGGAGACGGUACCUGGCAGUAUGUAUUCUUUUUGUAACAACAGUUCUUUUUUGUCUUUUUGAUGCAACUAUUUUGUAAAAAAAAAGAUCACAUGAAAUUUAUACAAUAAACUAGGAAAGGAAGAAAAUCUUGUUGAAAAUCCAAUGUAGAGUCAGCAAAGUGAGAAAGAAAAACUGGUUGGAUAAAUUUGUGUUGCCUAAAAUUUGUUAAGAAGCAAAGUAAUGUCUUAGUUGUUCAAUUGCAUAA